AUUCUAACCAUGCAAAAUUUAACCGACUAUUAUAUAAAUAUCUACUACUUUAUCUUCCUCUUUCUUUCUAUAUCACCUCUCGUCUUUCCAACCGGCGCCGUCUUUAAAAUCUUCUCUUGACUUCUUUUCGCCACCUCACCAAACCCCUCUCAUAUAAAAUACAUCCCAUUUUAAUUCCAAAAAAUGUCGAUUUCUCUCUCUACUAACCUCCACCACUCCCACCCCCAUGCGCACCUUACCGUUUCCACCCCUUCCAUGUCUAUCUUACGCCGUUUAACCCUACCUAUCCACCACCAUCACCGCCACCAACGCCGACGCUUUCUCUCUCACAUCGCCGCCGCUGUUCGUCAAGACACCACCGUUUGGACUCCAACUCCUAUCUCUCUCAUCGAAUCUGCUGCUGAAUCUCUCUUCCACGUUUCCAUCGACGUCUCGGAUGCGCCUGAAAUUGCAUCCUCUCAUACACGCGCCGGACAAUACUUGCAACUUAAAGUACCGGAUUCUCCUAAGCCUUCUUUCCUUGCUAUUGCUUCGCCUCCGUCCCUUGCUGCUGCUCGUGGCGAGUUACAAUUCCUUGUGAAGACCGUUGCGGGGUCCACUGCUGAACUUCUUUGUGGGUUGAAGAAAGGUGAUGUUGUUGAAUUGACCCCUGCUAUGGGUAAUGGUUUCAAUGUUGAUCUGAUUUCUCCUCCGGAGACUUUUCCUACUAUUCUUAUUUUCGCCACUGGAUCUGGAAUCAGCCCGAUCCGGUCUCUUAUUGAGUCUGGCUUUUGUGCUGACAAGAGGUCAGAUGUGCGGCUAUAUUAUGGAGCUAGAAAUUUGCGAAGGAUGGCUUACCAGGAUAGGUUUAAAGAUUGGGAGUCUUCUGGUGUUAAGAUUUUUCCGGUAUUGUCUAAGCCAGAUGAGGAAUGGUCUGGUGAAACUGGUUAUGUUCAGGCUGCUUUUUCUAGAUCCAAAAACAUCGUAAGCCCAAAUUCUACUGGCGCUGUACUAUGUGGACAUAAGCAAAUGGCAGAGGAAAUCACUUCGAUCUUGACAGAAGAUGGGGUUUCAAUUGACAAAAUAUUGAAAAACUUCUAACAUCACAAGUCAGAGUUCCUUCUUGUCUUAUCUGUUUAGGGAAGCUUUUAUUUUUCCCAUCCAUUCAUUAGACUGUUGGCUGAGCAUCGAGUCCUCUCAGCUCGGAACAGUAAAAUAAUUUUGAUGUAAAAUAAAUGUAAAAGAUUUCAAGAUUAGCAAUUGUUCUGAAAUUUUGACAUAAAUUAUUUGUAAGAAUAAUGUAACGAGGUUUGGCUGGCUCAAAGUUUUGGCCCGUGCAUAAUAUAUAUAGGCUGAUGACUAUGAGGAUUACAAUUUACAA